UAACUACUGGGAAUUGAGGCAGUUGGAGAGCCCACGAAUCAAAUAUUAUACUCUAGAUUAUACACACAUACAUACAUAUAUUUAUAUACUUGCAUACGAUACGAUUUAUAUAUUUACUCCUAAGCUUUCUCAUCCACACACAUUUUCUUUGCAAAGUUUUACCUUAAGCAUGUAAGAAAUGCAACAACAGCAGCAAAAAAAGUCCAUAAAAAAGUAACGAAAAAUACAAAAAAAAGUAAAAAAAGAAAGAAACAAAAACAAAAAAAAGAGUCGUAUUAUUAUAUAACGCAUUUGCUACGUUAUUUAUAACGAUUUUCACGCGUUGAUCGUGCAAAGUGCGCGAAUUUGCAAUUCAUUUACGCGAAGCGCGUGGCAUGCGACGUGCAUUCCAAUUUCUAUAAGUGGCGCCACAGCAUUGCGAGCUAGUUUUUGUUUUUUUAUAUUAAGAGAAAUGACUAAAGUGCUGUCAGUCGAUUGCGAAACAUGAAAGGGUCCACAAGCAGUGAAGGUUGUGACAGCGGCUGUGGUGACAGUGACAGGAUGAUGACAGUGUGGACUCCCAAACGGACCAGCUGCUGUGGGCGUUUGUUCGUUGUAAUGUUUUUGCCUCUAUUGCUACUGCUGUGUCUGACUGUUCGGUCUAGUGUGGGCGGCAAGACAACCACCAUCGUACGUCACACAGACACCACAGAUCCGCAGCUGGAUGGCUUCUGGGCGAAUAGAACCUCGUGGAAUGCACGUUGGGUGAAGUACUGGCGAGCCAAACGCAUCUAUGAGCCGGUGUGGAAGAAGGUUUGGACUCCGUCGAUACACACCGAGUGGAUACCGCUGCCCAAUGCUCCUGAGCCGGAUGCCUGGAAGAAGCCCAAUCAUCCGCAGCACAAUGAUGAUGAAGAAGUAGAUUGAAGUAGAAGAC